AUGUUUGACUAUGUUGCCCAAGUGUUGCUGAAGUACAUCCCCAACCACAAGAAAUAUUCUCAAGUAACCACCCUUUUUAACCUUUCAAUCUGGACCAAUAGAUCUUCUAAAGAAGAGGAAGAGGAAGAGGAAGAAGAGGUUUCAAAUUUAGAAGAAGAUAAUGAUCGGGAUUCAGAAGAAGCCACUGCCAUCGCAUUUCUCAAGAAAGUGUCUAACUUGACUUCAACAUCCUCUAGACUGCAAAUGAGUCUAACGCUCUUGAACAAGCAAUGUCCAAAAUUCCAAGGUGGGGGAUUUUAUUUCAAGGUGGAAAUGUCCAUUCAUUGCAAUCGGUUAGACAAUGGUUUUCUUCAGAGAGUAAUUCAGAAUGCCUUGGCGAUACAGAGUCUCUCAGUGGAGUUGGAGAAAAGUAAGGCAACUGGGGUUGAAGUAGAGAGAAGAAUGGGAGGUGGAAAGAUAAAGGCUUCCCUUGAAGAGACGAGGAAGAGAGUGGAGAGGCUGACGAUGAGAAUGUUUAGGAGAAUGGUCCCGAUGAAUGAUCAUGUCUUUGUAAGUGAUGUGGAUGGAUUAGAUCAUGAGGAACUGACUUUUCUAAUGGAUCCCAUGGUACAAGAGAGCACCAACUUGGUGCUGCCUCCCUAUCACCAAGUGUUCGAGCUUGAUCGAGAUCUUCCCCAACCCGAUCCCCUAGCUGGGCCCCAAAAUCAGGCUAACCUUAGGGAUUUGGGGAAUCUUGAUAGCUUAUUUGGAGACCUGGAUGGUGACAACCAAGGCCUUGAGGGCUAA